GAUUAAUAUAAAUAACCAUGGGAAAGUUAACGUAUAUAUUGAUAACACUAUGCGUUUUAUUUAAUAUUUCUCAAUGUUUUACAUCCAGACAUAGUGGCUUAAAAUAUGGGAAUAACGACGGAUGUGAAAAAGAAUUUAACGAGGAAGAAUGCUUUAUAGACUUAUAUUGUGUAUCGUACGUCACUGAUAUUGACUACAUUGGAUCUCAUGAACACGAUACCUGUGAACGUGGAGUUUAUUACAAUGAGGAGAGAGGAGGGUAUUUCGUGCCCGUCCUUUUACAUUACAGAAGUUCGCACAGUGAUGAAGGCAUACCGAGGAUACACGAUUUCAGCUAUGUUACAUAUAUGGUAAUAUAUUUAGAUCUAACAUUUAAUAAUUACACAAAUUUACCAACUUUAACUGAAAUGAAAGCUCUAGAAUCAUUAAACGUAUCACACAAUAAUAUCAACACUGCGAAACUUUCAAAUGUCUACAACUUAGAAUCACUAAUAGAAAUUGAUUUUUCUUUUAAUAAAAUUGAUACAAUUAAUAUUACUCACGAUGAGUUUGUAUAUAGGAAGUUAAAGAAAUUAUGGCUGUCACAUAACCAACUGAUCGAUCUACCAGACGCGAUAUUCAAUAAUUUAUCAGAUCUAGAAUUUUUGGAUUUGUCUUAUAAUUUCAUUAAUACUCUAACAUUAACGGCAUUUGUAGGUUUAAAAGAAUUAAAAGUUUUGAAACUGUCACACAACAAAAUUUAUGAGUUAAAUUAUUCAUUAUUUUGCUUAAAUUCUUUGAGAGAACUUUAUCUCGAUGACAAUAAAAUUGUAAGUAUAUUAGUUCAUGACUUUGAAAGAUUAAGUAACCUCAAAAUAUUAGAUUUACGAAAAAAUUUAAUUCAAGGUUUGGAUAAAAAUCUAUUCAAUAACUUAACCCUUGUAAAAGAAAUCGACUUAAGUGACAAUCUAUUAACAGCGAUCGACAAAGCUACGUUUUCUACUACCUUUAAUCUACAAAGCAUAAAUUUAUCAAAUAAUAAAUUAACCGAAAUCCCAAUUCGCUUAUUCCAAGCAAAAAAUAUUUCAUUUUUUUCUAUAGAAAAAAAUAAUUUACAAGGGUCAUUAAAAAGAGGUACUUUUGAUGGUUUGCAGUUAAACACUAAGUUGGAUAUGAGUUAUCAAAGUAUUUCUACAAUAGAAGAUUAUGCAUUUUACGGUCUUGAUAAUUUGAUUGAAUUACUAUUAAAUAAUAAUAAAAUACAUACGCUGUCAAACAAAUGUUUCAAAACACUCCAAAAAUUAGUGCAUUUAGAUUUAUCUUCUAACGUAAUAACUCAAAUUGAUUUUGAUAAAGAAAAUUUGCUUAGUCUUCGAUCACUUAUAUUCCAUAACAAUCACAUUACGCAAAUUAAAAAAGAUAAUUUCGAGCAACUACAGCUUUUACAGUUUUUAGAUUUAUCACAAAAUAAUAUAUCAAACAUUGAAAGUCAAUCUUUCAAAACAUUAGCAUAUCUUAAUAGUUUAUUAAUAGAUAAAAAUCCUUUAAUGGGAAAUUUACAAUCAAAUACUUUUGAAGGGUUGUCUGAGGUUCCUAAAUUGGAAUUAUCAUAUACAUUGUUAAAUGUCAUAGCGAAUGCUUCUUUUUAUGAUAUGAUAAAUUUGAAUGAUCUAAAUAUAUCCCACAGUAAGGUGUGUGAAUUACAAUACAAUACGUUUUCAAACACUGGAAAAAUUGAUGUGCUUGAUUUGUCUUAUAAUAUGAUUAAAUAUUUUAGCGUUAAUGUUACGGACUUAAAAAGUCUGAAAAAAUUAUUACUAAACAAUAACCGCCUGACAGUUUUGUACAGCAAUACAUUUAAAGGUAUGUCAGCUUUAAAUCAAAUAAUUUUAUCAAAUAAUCUCAUUACAUCAGCCGAUAUCGAUACAUUCAAAAAUCAAGCAAACUUGCAUUAUUUAGAUUUAUCUAAUAAUACAAAUAUUAAAUUAAAUUUUUCUGUCAUCAACGAAAUGAAAUUAUUAGAAACACUGCUAUUAUCAAAUUCCAUUUCAAAUAUAACUUUUGAAGACUUUGAUGAACUUCCCUUAAGUAAGUUAGAAAUUUCAAAUUCUAACAUUCAAAACAUAGGUAAGUUACAUUUGAGUAAGUUAAAAAAGAUACAAUCCUUGUGUUUGAGCAAAAAUAAUGUGAAACAGUUAGUUGUUGGAGAGUUUUCAGAUAUGGAUGAAAUCGUAGAAAUAGACGUCAGUUAUAAUAAAAUUGAUAGUAUACAACCCGGUGUGUUUAAGGAUAACCAUAUGCUAGAUAAGCUUAACGUUUCGCACAAUGCUUUAUUGGCAAUCAAUUAUGGUGUACUUAACGGUUUAGUUCAUUUAAAAGUCCUUGAUAUAUCAUUUAAUUAUAUAGACAGCUUAGAAACUGAGCGAUUUUAUAGAGUACCAGCUUUAGAAGAACUCAUUGCUGAUCAUAACAGAAUUACAGAUGUAUCGAUAGAAGAUUUUCUCGGAACGAAUAUAAAGAAAUUAAGUAUUGGUGACAACCCAUUAUCAUGUGAAGUAGUUACGAAAUUAAAGAUGGCAAGUGAUCCGUCAUUUAUUAUUACUGCUUUAAGACACAUUGAAGAAAAAGAAGAAAACAUUGACGGUAUAACUUGUAAUUAUCACCACGAUGAGUUUUUUUUCAACACAAAAAUAAAUGAGAAACAGAAAAGCAAAGAUUAUAACGAAAAUACAUUGAUACAAAUAAGGGAUAUUCUUCUUAAGUUAAACUCUGGAAAGAUUCAAAAUGAAGAAAGAUUUAUUCAUAAUGAAAAUUUACAUAAUUUUACAGAAAUCCUACAACGUUUACAUAUGGAUUAUACAGAUAAUUGGUCUCAGUUGAACAAUGAAACCUUAGGUCUAAGUGAAGAACAGAAAACUACGAAUAAAUUAUUAGAAAGAAUUUUAAAAGAUAUGGACAAUGCUAUGGUUUUAAACAGAGAAAAAAUACUUGCAGAAGUAGAAAGUAAAAUUGCAUCGGGUAUAAGUAAACACAUAGAAACUGUUCCCACUAUGACAUCUUCUCUGUCAAUGCAUAAAAACGAAAAAUUUACAUUGAAUAACGACCCAAAAUCAUCUGUAUUUGUAGAAACAUGCAUUGCUUUUAUUCUUUUAAUUUUGGAGAUCGAUUAG